AUGGCCGAUUUGGAGAAGAAAGAGGCCGAGCGAAGUGAUGAAGGUGUUCCGACACCACCUUCGCCAUCCUCCGAGCCGUCUCGCAAGGAAGAACCUGUUGACAGCCAGGCUCUCAAUGACACUGAAGACGCUGAUCCGCCACGAACAAUCCGCGGUGUAAAGUGGUUUCUUGUAAUCUGCGCUCUCCUCUCGGCUUUGUUCCUCUACGCCUUAGACAACACUGUUGUCGCCAAUAUUCAAGCAAAAGUCGUCCAAACAUAUCACCGCGUCGAUCUCGUCCCGUGGCUCGGAGUUUCCUUCGCAUUGGCCUCGGCCGCCACGACUCUACCCUGGUCAAAGGCAUAUGGAACGUUCUCGGCUAAGAAGCUUUAUCUUGGGUCUACAACUGUCUUCAUGGCCGCUUCCGCACUCUGCGGCGCCGCUCCCGACAUCAACUCCUUUAUUGUCGGUCGUGCAAUCGCGGGUGCGGUGACGACCACUAAUGUCGAACGCCCCAAAUAUCUGAGUCUCACUGGAUUUAUCUGGGGUAUUGGCACUGUUCUUGGUCCUGUGGUUGGAGGAGCCAUCAGCGAGAGCAAAGCAACUUGGCGUUGGGCUUUCUAUCUGAACCUCCUGGUUGGUGCCGUCGUGGGACCCAUCUACAUCAUCCUACUUCCCGACUUCAAACCCCAAGCUGGCGUGCCUCUCAUUCAACGCUUGGCGCAGAUUGAUUACCUUGGCACAGUUCUCUCCAUCGGCGCCAUGCUCUGCGUUAUCAUGGCCAUGAACUUUGGCGGGGUUCUCUGGGGUUGGAAUGAGGGCGAAAGUAUUGGUUUGUUUGUGGCAGCGGGCGUUUUGACUAUUCUCUUCGUCUUGCAGCAAGUCUACUUUAUUGGCACAUCGCGAGAGAAUCGUCUGUUUCCCAUGCAUUUCUGGAAGAGCCGAACCAUGAUCUGCCUUUUCUUCACGAUGAUGCUUGCGACUUUCGGAAGCUUCAUUGGCAUCUUCUACCUGCCGCUGUACUAUCAGUUCACCCGCGGAAUCUCAGCAGUUGAGACAUCUGUCCAUCUUAUACCUUUCAUCUUGUUUCUGGUGGCCUUCAACCUACUCAAUGGACACUUUAUGGGACGUACUGGGUACUACUACCCAUGGUACAUUGCUGGUUCAGCCCUCGAACUUAUCGGCGGUGUUCUGCUGUAUAUCAUCGAUGAACAUACCUCGAAUGCCAAGAUCUAUGGAUACACUAUCAUCUUAGGCACAGGUGUCGGUUGUUUCUGCCAGGCCGGAUUUGCAGUUGCCCAGACGAAGGUUCAACCGAACGAGAUCCCUUACAGUGUAGGGUUCAUGACUGUUGGCCAAAUGAUCGGCAUCGUCCUCGGCACGGGAAUGUCAGGAGCGCUUUUCAUCAACUAUGGCCAACGUGCACUGGCGCAAGUAUUCCCCAAUGUCUCUGCUGACGUGAUCUCUGACGCUCUCGCGGGCGUGGGGAGCGGCUUGAUCGACUCGGCCUCACCCGAGGUGAGAGCCGAGGCAAUCCAUGGCAUCACUCGAGCAAUCCAACUGGCGUAUGUGCCAAUCAUUUCUGCUGGGGCGAUUUGCUUGGUGUGUAGUGUUUUCAUGCGCAGGGAAAAGGUCUUCUGA